AAAUGCUAUCUGCGAACCGCCCUACUUAAUUGUAAUAGAAUAGAUAGAAAAAUCUGAAUUUCCUUUGCAGGUGAACAAUUUGUUUUGCGCGCUGGUCAGCUUUUCUGCAGACAGGACUUUGAAAAAGAGCUCUAUCUCAUGCAGCAGGCCCAUAGCGGGGACGAAGACCUGCUGGAUGAAAACAGCAGGCCGCGGGACGGCAGGCGAGGCCCUAAAAGGCCGCGAACCAUCCUCACAUCGGCCCAAAGGCGGCAAUUCAAAGCCUCUUUCGAGGUCAGCCCGAAGCCCUGCCGCAAAGUGCGAGAAGCGCUCGCCAAAGAUACUGGCCUGAGUGUCAGGGUGGUGCAGGUGUGGUUCCAAAACCAGCGGGCCAAGAUGAAGAAAAUCCAAAGGAAGCAGAAGCAGGAGGAUGGGAAGUCGCCCAGCGACAAGGAGAAGAGCGACAAGGAGGAUAAAAAUAUCAAACAAGAGUCAAGUCCGGCUAGUAGUGAGUUUGGGCUCGGGCUGGGCUAUGGAAGCUCUGGGCAGCCCCUAAACCCCAACAUGCCCUACUCGCCAGAUGAUAACUACCCAGCGCAUUCAGGCGAAUCGUUCUGCAGCUCGGACAUAUCUUUGGAUGAUAGCACGAACUUUGACCAUCUGGAUGAAGCCACUUCGGACACGAUUUCGCUACAGAACUUGGAAUUGCAGUCGCAAUCACACCAUAGCGACAACGUCCCAUCCAGUGUGGCCAAUCCUAUCGACAAGCUCUACCUCAUGCAGAACUCGUACUUCAGCACUGAGCAGUAAAAUCGGCUCCUCAUCUGG